AUGAAAGACAUGGCCUUUAAUUGCCCUAUUGAAGGUUGCAAUAGAGCUUACAAGAACAAAUUUAAUCUUGACCGGCAUAUGGAGGCUUUACAUAUGCAGGAUAAAAAAUACCAAUGUCCCCACUGCCAGAAAAUUUUGUCGUCUAAACAAAAUUUAAACGAGCACUUAUUUACGCAUUCGGGUGAAAAACCGUAUGUAUGUAAAGAGCCUGGCUGUGGGAUGAAGUUUAGGCAAGGAAGUCAACUUUCAGCCCAUAAAAGGAUACACGUCGCGAUAAAGUGUUAUGCAUCAAGGAUGGAAGAAAAUUUAACAGGAAGGUAUUACUUAAAACUUUCUCAUUGCUUAAGGUUGUACCCUGCUUUACUUGAGCAUAGGCAAGCAAUUCCUGAUGUAAAAACCGAGUUUCAGGAAGUUUUCUUGCCACUCAUAUCAGGCCCUUCAGGUUUAGUACAGUUACCUAGUGAUAUUUUAUACAGCAAUCCAUUGAAGGAUUAA